AGUUUAAACCAUUUUUUGCGACUGAACUAAGUAUAAAUCAGUUGUAUUCAACAACAAAAUUCUUCUAUCCAAGGUCAUCGUACAAGAACCAAGUCAGUAUGUGGGCUCCAGUGUCACUUAUUCCUCGGAUGAUCGCAUUGUAGUCGCUCUCCAGCCGAUACAUUUUACAGCUGAGCCAGCCGUGAAGGCACGCCCAGUGCAUAUGCGUUAUUGUUAUUUUACGGAGGAGCUGAUUAAAUCGUAUUCGCAAUGCAUAAUCGAAUGCCAUCUACAUUACAUAUCAAAGAAGUGUGAAUGUAGCCAUAGCCUUGUACCAGAGAGUAUUGAUCUGCUGACGGAGGAGCCGAUCCACACAUGCACAGUGGCCGAUUUGCCGUGCAUGCAAAAGCAUGGAGUGUCGAUAUUUUACAUGGGCAACAUAAUUGAGGAGUCCACAGACAAUGUCUUUAACACUACCGAUUGCAAGUGCUAUCCCAAGUGCACUCAUACACAGUAUCAUGCCGCCACAUUCACGGAUCGUCUGAGCAGCAUGGAAAGCAAGAACAACUUUAUAGAAGUUGACGUCUUCUUUCAGGAGGAGACACUUUUUUCCUACCGCUCCACACUGCACAUAACAAUGCUUGACUUGAUGGUUUCUUAUGGUGGCAUAGCAGGCUUGUUCCUGGGUCUUUCAGUGCUCGGGGCCAUUAAUAGCCUGUUGGAUCGAAUUCCUUAUUGCAGCAAACCCAUACAACAACCCAUUAAACCUGAUCGCGAGGUUCCCGAGGCUCACGUUUCUUUACCUGUAAGAAAAACACAUGAUUAAAUUUAAGGAAUAAAGGGAUACAGAUGAAAUCAGUAAAAAAAAGUAAACACCUGGCUGCAUUGUUAUACAAAGGAACUCUUAAGAUUCAAAAUUUCAGCUACCUGCAUCCGCAGUGGAAAAUUUCCAUGUGACUCGACUUCAACGAAUAUGAGUGCGCGUUUAUAUUCCACAAAUUCAAUUGAUUGCUCUGGCGCAAAUACCUUAAGAAUCUUUGUGUAGCGCAUUUUGUGCAGUUCAAUAAAAUUUGCUUUGUGUAUGUAUACGCCUGACCCGACAACAAGAUUUCAAUCGAAACCCUCAUGGAGGAUCGAAUGCUCAUCAAGCAGCUUUGGGUUUAUCUGCAGGUCAACACAAGUACUUUGAACCUAAUUUAAUCACAUCGCUGAAGAGAACUUACUUCAACAAAAUACAAACCUUCUCUCAUACAUGUAAAGUAU